CGAGCCCGUCAGCUCGCGACGUUGGCCAAGAUCGAUCAUGCCCUCGAUGCGAAAGUCUUCAGCAACAUACUCGAUCUGGACGACGACGAGGACCAGAACUUCAGCCGAUCACUGGUUUUUGACUUUAUCGACCUGGCAAAACAAACACUGAACGAGAUGGAUGCUUGCUUAGAACAAAAGGACUUUGUGCGAUUACGAGACAGAGCCGCAUACCUUCGCGGACCAUGCAACACGCUGGGGGUUUACAGGAUGGAGGAAACUUGCGCCCGGAUCGAGCAGUUGACC